AUGGCGGAUUUCGAUACAGAUUCUCGGCAUCCGCGCCCACCGCAGCUUGCGCGGGAUGUGCAGAGCGUACACGAUGCCACGUCAUCAUCCGGUGGCGUGACAUGGCAGGCGCUGUCCCCACCCUCCUCGUCCUCGUGGUGGCGGAAUUUCUUAAAAGCAGCCGUCCACGUCAAGAUCCCCUCCACCGCUGACGUGGCAGGUCUAGCUGGCAGCAGCGCCGUUUCCACGCCUCCCGCCGCUGCAAGCACCAGCACCAGCGCGAGCGGCAUGCGCGGCGCCACCAGCGGCGGUGGCGGCGGCAGCAGCGGCAGCGCGGGUUUGAGGGUAAUUCACGCUUUCGAGCCCGUGAGCAUUGGAAGUACCGAGAGCAACCCGCUUCUGGCGGAAAUCUACCCAAUCCGCGAGGCGGAUGAGAAAGACGGCGCAGGGAAGGAAGGAGGAGUAAGCAUCGACCAUCCCACCCAUGCAAAUAGUGUCGACCAAUCAGCAUCCGCCCAGGAAUCGGCAUUCCCUAUGCCGCCACCUCCCAAGCCCCCGGCGCUCACGCGCUCUCUCUCCCUCCUCGACCUCAUCCUCCUCGGCAUCGGCGCUUCCAUUGGCUCAGGCAUCUUCGUCGUGACAGGUGUCGCCGCGCGAUUGGCCGGGCCGGCCGUGUCCCUGUCUUUUCUCCUAGCUGGCCUGGCUUCUCUCCUAAACGCGCUCUGCUACGCGGACCUUGCCGCUCGCUUCCCCGGGCGGGUCGGCGGCGCGUACCUCUACGCGCACGCGUGCCUCGGGCAGCUCGCGUCGUUUGUCCUGUUCUGCCACUUGGUGCUGGACUACCACGUGGGGGCGGCGGCGAUCGCCAGGAGCCUGGCGAGUUAUUUGGCGUCUCUGGUGGAGGUGGCAUCUGGAACAGGGCUACCCGGCGUGCUCGCAACAGGAGGCCUGCCUGUGUCCAUCCCCUUGCCAUUCCUCUCCCCGUCGUGGCUCCUCUGGUGGUUCUGCCAUUUGUGGUCAGGAGGAGAAAAUGGGGGAGAGCAAGUCGGGGGGAAUCAGGGGUGGGGAGCAGGAGCAGGAGCAGUUUCCUUUUUCCACCCCACCGCAUUCCCUUCUCUAUCUUCUUCCCAUUCUCCUCCUUCUCCUCCUCUUCUCCCCCCUCCCCCGUUCCCAUCGCUCCCCUCCCCACCGCCACCCGUACCAACACUGGAUCUCUCGAUCAAUCUCGUCGCGCCAGCUGUCCUGCUGCUCAUCACGUGGCUGCUGUGCCGGGGCGUGCGGGAGACAUCGCGGGUAAACGACGUGAUGACGUCGGUCAAGGUGGCCAUAGUGGUGCUGGUGGUGGCUGUGGGUGCCGGGCAUGCGAUGCUAUCAGCCUCUUCGCUCGUCUUCUUCUCCUACAUCGGCUUCGAUGCCGUGGCCAACACAGCAGAGGAGUCCCUCCAUCCCCGCCGCGACGUGCCCCGCGGCCUCCUCCUCGCCCUCGCCGCCUGCUCCCUCCUCUACAUCUCCGUCUCCCUCGUCCUCACCGGCAUGGUCCCGUACACCCUCCUCGACCCCGCUGCACCGCUCUCCACCGCUUUCGCCUCCCUCGGGCUGCGUUUCAUGGAGAGAAUUAUCGACGUGGGGGCUGUAGUGGGGCUGACAACUACUCUCUUGACCGGAUUGUAUGUGCAGUCUCGCAUGUAUCUGGCGUUGGCGAGGGAUGGGAUGCUGCCUGUGUGGUUUUUGCAAGUGAAUGCGGGGAGCCAUGUGCCGGUGCAUGCGCAGUGGUGGGUGGGGGGAGUGGCGGCGGCAAUGGCGGCAGUGUUUGACGUGGGGAGGCUGUCGCAUAUUCUGUCGGUGGGCGUGUUAUUGAGCUACUCUAUAGUGUGUAUGUGCGUGCUGGCGCUAAGGGUUGAGUCGUACCGUGGAGGGGGGAGUGGCUGUGUUGGAGUGGGGGAGGAAGGGGAAGAGCGAUUGGAUGAUGCACUUUUGGCACAAGAGGGUCUGGGCUGGAAGUCAUGGAAGCGGCGCUGGUUCCUCCUCACGCGCUCCUCCCUCAUCUUCUUCAAGCACGAGCCAAGGGGUCGCAUUGACAUCUCAACUGCGAUCGGAGGCAUCGAGUUCAACAACGCCGGCAAGGUGCACAUCAAGCCAGACAAGAAGCAGCUCUCCCUCACUUUCCCGGACGGCCAUGCAUUCACCUUCAAGACGGACACACUGGAGGACCUGGAGGAGUGGAGGGACGCGCUAGAGGAUGCCAUCUCCAAGGCUCCUCCGCCCUCUGUCAUGAUGGGUCUGCCCCGUGACACGCUCUUUAGAGGAGAUGGGCUCGACAUUGGUGACAACGACGGGCCCCCAGGACCAGGCAAAGAGCGGCGGCUGCGAUCCAUGCUGCUGUGCCGCCCCUUCUCCCUCGCACUGGAGGACGUCAACGGCUCGCCCUCCUUCCUCGAGAAGGCGCUGCAGUUCAUCGAGGUCCACGGAGUGAAGCUGGAGGGCAUUCUGCGAGCAGCGGCGGAUGUGGAGCAGGUGGAGAGGCGUUUGAAGGAGUACGAGGAGGGGCACACGGAGUUUGAGGAUGGGGAGAACCCACACGUUGUGGGCGACUGUGUCAAGCUUGUCCUGCGGGAGUUGCCAACGUCGCCUGUGCUCCCAUAUGCCUGCACCGCCCUCGAACAAGCCUUUCAGCUGGACGAGGCGGAGGCGAAGCUAGAGGCAGUGCGCACUGCCAUGCUCAACCUGCCCGAGCCCAACCGACGCCUGCUGCACCGUGUGCUGCAGACCAUGAUCGCUAUAACCAACAACGAGUCGAUCAACAGGAUGAACGCCUCCGCCGUCGCAGCCUGCAUGGCGCCGCUUCUCUUCCGCCCUCUUUUCAGUGGGGAACUUCAAGCAUCGUCCAAGGGCGAUGACGAUGGGGAGGACGGGGCUGCUGCGGCAGCGGCUCAGAUCAUGGCUCUCACCAUGGCAGCCAACCAGGCUCAGACCAUGACGAUUUACCUCAUGGAGAACAUUGACAAGGUGUUCGUGGGCGAGGCUCUAGGCCGUGGGCUCGCAAGGGGAGUGUACAGCGGGGCGGCGUGGGAUGAUGAAGAUGACGAGGAGGGCGAGCUGGUGGAUGAUGAUGACGUGGACGAGGACAACGAUGACGAGGACAGCGGCGCCCAGGUGGCGGUGCUGGAGGCGUCGCGUCAGGAGCUGCGCGCGUCGCUGGCAAAGGAAGUGCGGGCGAACGAGAUGCUUAAAGAGAGUCUGGUGCAGCGCCGCAAAACCCUUCAGGAGCUGAAGAACGCUCUUCAGAGAGACGCGUCUCAGUUGCGGCUGGACCUGCAGGAGCAGAGGGAGCUGUAUGCACGCAUGCAGACAGGCAUCAAGGGGCCUGUGCCCGAGAUAGAGCUCGAACCAGAGCUGAAAGCUGAGCUGAAGGAAAUAGAGUCGCUGGAGAAAUCAGUGGCUCUCCUCCGCACAGAAACCGAGACUCUUCAGCGGGAGCUGCUGCACGUGACGCACAAGCAGCAGCAGCUGGAGCAGCAGCAGAAGCAGCAGCAGCUGGCGGGAGGGGCAGCAGGCGGGGGAGUGGGAGGAGCGCCCCUGACAGGGGCGAGUGCGGAGCAGCGGCAGCGGAUUGAGGCGCUGCGGUCGCUGCGGGCGCAGCUGAAACAGGAGCUUGAUAGGACCAUGGCCAUGUGCCUGGAAGAGCAGCAGAAGAACGCCGAGCUGGAGGAGAGGCGGCGGCAAGACGACCCAGUGGCGUUGGAGCAAGCAGUUAUGCGACAGAAGGCAGCCGUGCAGCAGGCGCAGGCUGCCUUUGAGGCUGAAAUGGCGAGGGGUAAGGAGUUGAGGCGCAAGCUUCAGCUGGCCCAGCAGAGGGCUGCUGCUGCCGCCCUUGCCAGUGCCAACGCCGCCACCGCUGCUGCAGCCACGGCCAGCACCGCAGGCUCGGGAGGCUCCGGCUCAACUGAACCUGCCGCCCAGGCCGGGCAGCCAGGCUCGGGCGAGGCUGACGCCCGAUCCGCACCUGAUGGGGAGGCUCGUCCGACAGGUCCGUCUGCCGCAGCUGCAGCAGCGGCAGCAGCAGCGGUGGCUGCAGCAGGGGGGGCUGGUGAGCCUCCCUCAGCAGCGGCUGCUGCUGCUGCCUUUGCUGAGCUGACUGCCAGGCUGGAAGAAUUCAAGAGGCAGCGGGCUGUGCUGAUUCAGCGCCUCGCUGCGCUGUCCAAUGAGACGGUGCCAGGUGGCCCACAGGGAAUGGCUGGGGCUGGAGGACCUAGGGUUCCCCAGUUGUCAAGAGAUAUCCCAAGUCACUGA